AUGGAAAGAAACACCCUCGACCAACACAAUAGCUUCAACAAAAAUGCCCAAACUCAUCAGCUCCCACCUAAUGAUACACAAACACCAGAUCACCGAGAAAACACCGACAAAGUCAUAAAAGAUGUUGACGAAUAUCUCUACGUGCUCUCGUCCAUCGACGACAAAUCAUCCGGCCCACCCGACGUCCCCGAUUUCGUCACAGUCCUUUGCGAAACGUUGGAAUCCAUGAUUACCACCUACACCACCGACCUCAUCCGAUUCGGAAAGAUCCCUCGCGAUAACUCCCACUUUUUCGAGUUGGUCGCUCGUGCCUCCCGUCUCACCAACUCGCUCAGCGAGUUCCCCACGAGUGGUGGCAUCAACUCGGCCAUCAACCGAACGAGCGUCACCUUGCAGCACGCCAUGGCAUUCCUCGAGGACGAAUUCCGGGCUCUGCUUGAGCCCGACGACGACGUCAACCUCGAUCCACCCCAGAACCUCAACAAAUCAUCCUCUUUCAAUAAUGAUAACACAAAAUCAACCGAUUCCGAUCAUCACGAGCAGCAGCACCAUCCAAAAGAGUGGGAGGUGGCCCUUAUGCGCGACAUCGCAAACGCGAUGAUCUCGUGCGGGUACGAGAUGGAAUGCUCCCAGGCGUACUACCUCGCCCGAAGGGCCGCAAUUCACACCCGAACGACGACAGUCUUGAACAUGGAUGACGUGGUUCGGAUGCCGUGGGAGUCUCUCGAAACCGAGAUCAGCCGUUGGAUCAACCUCGUACGGACAUGGUCAGUGUUCAUCCUCCCUUCCGAGGUCCGCCUCGGAGAAUCCAUCUUCUCCGACCACCCUCACGUCCACUCCUCGCUCCUCGCCAGCAUCGUCCGCGUCGUCGUCAUUCAGCUCCUCGACUUCGCCGAGGCCGCCGCCAUGGCCCGCCGCUCUGCCGAGAAGCUCUUCAAGUACCUCGACAUGUACGAGGCUCUUCAAGGGCUUCACGGCGAGCUGCCUGACGAGGUCUCGGCAACGGCCGAGCGCAUUGGAGAAUCCGCGAGCGCGAUCUUCUGCGAUCUCGAGAGCUCCAUCCGAGACGACGCCGCGCAGACGCCAGUCCCGGGUGGCGCCGUGCACCCGCUCACGCGCUACGUCAUCAACUACCUCAAGUACGCAUGCGAGUACCGCGACACGCUCGACAAGGUUUUUGCCGGGCGAGCCACGCCUUUUGCGGUCCGAGUGGCGACGCUGAUGGAGCUCCUGGACGAGAAUCUGGAGCAGAAGUCGAGGCUGUACAAGGAUCCGUCGCUCAGAUUCGUGUUCCUUAUGAACAACGGGCGAUACGUGCUGCAGAAGGUGAAGGGGUCGAGCGAGAUUCGGGAGGUGAUGGGAGACACGUGGUGCAGGAAGAAGUCGACGGAGGUGAGGACGUAUCACAAGAGCUAUCAGAGGGAGACGUGGAAUCGGGUGCUGCACUGUCUGGCUCAUGAGGGGCUCGUGACAAACGGGAAGCCGAACAAGGCUCUGCUCAAGGAGAGGUUCAAGAUAUUUACGGCGAUUUUUGAAGAGAUUCAUAGGACGCAAAGCGCGUGGGUGGUUAGCGAUGAGCAGCUUAAGUCGGAGCUUAGGAUAUCGGUGUCGUCGGUGGUGAUCCCGGCUUACCGCUCGUUUGUUGGGCGGUUCAGGCAGUACUUGGAGAGUGGGAAGCAGGCGGACAGCCAGCAGGACGCGAGCUAG